ACCACGCCAACCCUGACCAUGCUGUCGUCAGAAUGUAGCACGCCGACACUCAGCUCGCUGGCCUCCGAGAUCGUGGAGCCCAUGGCUAUGCUGCCGUGUAUCAAAAGCGAGCCCGACCUCGACCUCGACCCCAUCUGCACGGUGGAUCUGUCUGUGAUCCAGCCCCUGAGCACCGCCGAGCUGGGCUCCGAACAGAUCAAGAUGGAAAUCAGCGGCCUCGACUACAUCAAAUCGGAGCACCACAGCGACCUCCAUUCCUUCCACAGCACGGAGCUGGACUCCUACAAGUCACACUACGAACCCAGUCUGGUGUUCGACUACAUCACUCACGUCUCGGACAGCUUGGAGUACAUCAAGUCGGAGCAACAUUCGGACCUCCACAGCUACUACGCCAGCGAGCUCGGCGCCAUCAAGACCGAGUACGAGCCCAACCUCAUGUCCAGCCACAUCAAGACCGAGAUGAAUGGCUUGGAGUCGAUUCACAUGGCGGAGCUGCGCACCGAACUCAACAAGCUCCGGCCCGAAACCGUCAUCGACAGCAUGGGGAAAAUGGACUCGGAUUUCCAAUCAGGAAACCUUUACGAACUGAUGUCCGUCCAGGCGAGCAAAGCGACUGCCGCGCACAACCAAACCAGCACAAAAGGCCAUGCGCCGACUCCACGCAAACCUCGCAACCUCACAGGUGAGAAGCCAUUCUCCUGCACUCAGUGCGGGAAGAACUUCAGCACCCUGGGUAACCUGAAGACUCACCAACGCAUCCAUACCGGCGAGAGGCCUUACACCUGCUCCCAGUGCGGGAAGAGCUUCGGGCAGGCCGGUAACUUGAAAAGGCACCAGCUCAUCCACACGGGGCAAAAACCUUACACUUGCGCGCACUGCCCGAAGGGUUUCACCAAAGCGGACGAUCUCCGCUCGCACCAGCGACUGCACACGGGCGAGAAGCCGUUCAGUUGCGCUGAGUGCGGUAAGAGCUUCGGCCAAACAAAGGAACUCAAAGCCCAUCAGUUGAGCCACACGGGAGAGCGGCCCUUCUGCUGUUCACUGUGCGGCAAGAGCUUCACUAAAGAGUCGAGUUACCGCAAUCACCAGCAAAUCCACACAGGCGAGAAGCCCUACAGCUGCUCCCAGUGUGGCAAAACUUUCAGCAAUUCAGGGGUCCUCAGAACACACGAGAAGAUUCACUCCGGGGUAAGACCGUUCGGCUGCACCCAGUGUGGCAAAAGUUUCGGUCGCUUGGGACAUCUUAAAGCACACCAGCAAAUUCACACGGGCGAACGGCCGUACACUUGCCAGCAGUGCGGGAAGAAUUUCAGCCAAUCAGGUCAUCUCAAAGCACACGAGCAGAUUCACAAAAAAGAACGGCCCGAUCUUAGCAGUGGCAGCAGUCGCAGUAACGAUAGUAGCUAAAAGAAACCUCAUUAUGUCUCAAAAGUAUUACUCUUUUUUUGUUUUUGUUUCUUUUUUUUCUCUCUUUUUUUUUUAUAAAAGCUACAAUAUAUAUAUAAAUAUAUUAUAAAAUAUAUACGUUUCAUUAUGUUUUCAUACCUUACGUCUCCUCUUCUUUUCUUAAUAUCUUCUUUUGGGUACAGUUGUGACUGAUUUUCUCUUAUGAAAGUGUCUAUGUUUGGGAUCAGUGAGCUUACAGAGAGUCUUUGUAUCUUGUCUGAGCAGUGUCGUAGUGAGUGCCAUUCUAGUUUCUUUCCUCCAGUAAAAUACUCAGUGUACACGUUUAUUGAUAAUAUGUAAUUCUUAAACCAUGUACUGGAAUUAAUUAUUA